AUGUCUCAACGCCGUGGGAGAAAUCGACAACAGCAAAAAUGGGACCCAUCACCUUGGGAUCCCUUGAGUGGCCCUUCCGUUGUUAAUGCGACCUUGAACUUCAACACCAACCAGUUCGACAUUGCACCGAGCCAGCAACAGCAAGCGCCAUCACCGAAAAAAUCAAAAUUCGACUUUAGUAGUAACUUCGAUGACGGACAUUCCAUGACGUGGACUAUGGAUAUGCAACAAGGGUGGGAUUCUGCACCCACCACGUACCAAACCGAAGCUUGGAAUCAGCCCUUCCAAAGCAACAAUAGUGGUGAAAUGAGAUACAGUAAGCAUGAACCGGCGACUUUCAAAUUAAACGCGGAUAUACCAGAUAAGGUGUUCUUUACACAAGAGGUGGACUUCACUUCGAUCCAGCACAAACCUAUCAUACCCGAGCCCGAAGAUAUCCUACAGGAGGAAGAUCCGAUGGUGAGCGCAACACAUGGUCAGAAAUUCCAGCCGUUACCUAAUAUUCCUGUCAAUCGCGUCAAUGGUUCCUAUGAAAGCCCGGAACAAUAUCUGUACACGCAUUUCGAGCUCAUGCGCAACGAUCUCUUGAUCCCGCUCAGAAACGCUGUCAAAUACUACAAAGAAUCGGUCACCAGAUUAAAAAACGAUCCUAGCUAUGCAGACCAUCCGGAAGCCCAACCUAUACGUGGAUUCCGUGCUUAUGAACAUGUUAGACUGAACGCCCUCGUGUUUUCUUCGCGUCAAGUCGCGUAUCGUAUCAGUUUCCGACUACCCUAUCAUGUCCGAAUCUCGUGGCCACAAUCAAAACGUCUUAUUGAGGGAACCAUGGUGCUGCUGUCCAAGGAUAAUUUUGAAAAUGAUAUCAAGAUUGCAACCGUUGUGGAAAGAGGAGAGCAGCCGACACGCGGAGCCAACCGGUUCGAAUAUUUGAUCAAUAUCCACCUGGAGCGGGACAAUGAAAACGAUCCGCUUAGCUUUGGUGACCCAACUCUCAGUUCAGAGGAUAAUUAUGUCAUGCUUGAAGCCACCGAAGGUUACUUUGAAGCCUAUCGACAUAUCUUGUCCACAAUCCAACAGAUCCCGCCUUCAGAGCUCCCCUUUUCUCCUUAUUUGGUCGAUGUUUCCAAGGAUGUGCAACUCCCUCAUUAUGCCGCUAUGAAACGAAACUACGACAUUGCAGAAUAUCGUGAAGGCAGGAGAUCCGGCCCGGCGAAACCCGUUGAUAUCACUCAAGCAUGGCCAGUAUACAAUAUGAACAUGGACAACACACAGAUGGACGCUUUGAAAACGAUGCUUUCGAAUAACAUUGCUGUUGUCCAAGGUAAACAAACAUUAUCUGUUAGAUUUUUUCAAGCAAUUAAUCCUGACAUGGUCUUUAGGCCCCCUGGUACUGGUAAAACCUAUGUCGGUACGUAUGCCAUGAGAGUCCUGUUAAAUAAUUUCUCGACGUCGAUUGGACCAAUUGUGUGUAUCUGUCAAACAAAUCACGCUUUGGAUCAGUUUCUGGAACACAUUCUCGACCAUGAAGAUAAAAUUGUACGUAUCGGCAGUCGAUCGAAAUCCGAACUUUUAAAGGAGCAUUUGCUGUUUGAAUUGCGGAAGCAGUCUGAAUCUGUACGUGGCGUUGGUCGAUUGUAUCGCAAACGCGACGAUAUCUCAAAACGCAUUAGCAGCAUCAUCACCGAAAUGUACGAAGAGCCAUGUGUGUCAAUGGAUUAUAUCAAAAAAAUCAAUGGACUUAACGCUCUCCAACGAGAUUAUCUGCAACGUCUCAGUGAGCGUGAAGAAAAACGCGCAACGAAAGCACCGACGGCCCGAGCCCAAGUUGAUGAUGAGGAUGACUGGGUCACAUCAACCCCGCAGCCAACACCUCCGCCAGAACCACGAGGAUCAAAAAAGAAGGGCCGAGGUCAACAACAACAACAACAGCAACGAGGUAGAGGAGGAAAUGACUGGGCAGGUGGUAAUCCAAAUAUUCAAGAUCCUGCAGAGGAAAAGAAGAUCAACCCUGUUGAAAUCUGGCUCAAAGACGCCAUCGAGUUUGUUGGUCCGAUGAGCUCCUUGUACUCUUACACGCAUCAGUUGAAAGAAGAUCUCCUCGAUACACAAAAAGGCCUCGUAUUUGAAGAUGAUGUCGACGAGUCUGACCUGGUUGACGAAGAAGAACUGCAAGAAAUCACUGCCAAUUUUGCUGAGGAACCUGAUACCCGAAAGCGGCCCUUCAUCAACAUUGGUAGCGCAUACCAGAAGAAGAAAGGAGGACCGAGCGUGGUGUCAAUGUACGACUCGCUAGUUGAAGGAAAACGCCAGGGCACUGAAGACGAACGCAAAGUUAUCAACUAUAAAAAGAUUAAAGCAACACGUACAUUUGACGCAAGCAGUUUCAACUUUUUCGAAGACACGGUCGAUGAAAGUGCUCUCGAACCGCAACACCUUGUUCUUGAGCGUUGGAUGAAAGAGGAGCCAGACGUAACCAUGUGGCCCUUGCCUGUACGACUGGAGGCGCACAAAAAGUGGGCGGACGAACGUUACAAGGACCAAUGCAGUACGAUCAACCAUUUGAUAAGCGAAUACGAACGAGUCUCGGUUGAGAUCAGGAGAUUGAACAUGAUGAGCGAUGCACAAAUUUGUCGGAAAAACCGAGUCAUUGGCAUGACUAGUACCGCUGCAGCCAAGUAUCACGAUUUGUUGGAGGAGAUUCGACCCCGAAUCAUGGUUGUUGAAGAAGCUGCCGAAAUGAUGGAAGCCCAUAUUGUCUCUGCGCUCACACGAUCCCUGCAACAUUUGGUCCUGAUUGGUGAUCACCAACAGCUGCGACCACAGAAUUCAGUGCACGCGCUUGCCGAACAGCAUUUCCUCAACGUAUCUCUGUUCGAGCGACUUGUCAGAAACGAGUUGCCGUUCACGAGAUUAUCACAUCAACGACGUAUGCGCCCUGAAAUUAGAAUGUUAAUUGACCCAAUCUACAGCGAUCCACCACUGCGUGACCAUUCUGAAGUUUUGAGCCGUCCGGCCGUUCGUGGCAUUGAUCCACCCGUAUAUUUCUUGAGCCAUAACGAAGCCGAAAGUCAUGUUGCAGAUACAGCCUCCAAAACAAACGAACAUGAGGCGCUGAUGGCAGCAAAACUCUCGACGUACCUCCUCCUCCAAGGCUACGCACCUGAAGACAUUACCAUCAUUACCAUGUACUCUGGACAAAAGUCACUUAUUCGACGAGCCCUUCGGGCUGAACGUAGAGCCGAUCUCGAUCCCUUCCUCAUCCCAGUCAGUAGUGUGGACGGCUACCAGGGUGAGGAAAACAAAAUUAUCAUUCUAUCACUUGUCAGAAGUAAUGCUGCCGGUCAAAUUGGCUUCUUGAAGGUUGCGAAUCGUGUUUGCGUUGCACUUUCACGUGCCAGAGAAGGCAUGUAUAUUCUAGGUAACGCCGGAUUGUUGUGUGAAAGAAGUGACCUCUGGAACGAAAUUGUUUCAAAUAUGGAAGAACAUACAACAAACAGCAUUGGAACACGACUGCGUUUACGAUGUGCCCGACACGGUCAAGUAACCGAAGUACAAUGGCCUGUAGACUUCGCGACCAUUCCUGAAGGUGGCUGCACUCGCGUGUGUGGCGAGAUGCUUGAGUGUGGACAUCAGUGCGCAACGACAUGCCACCCAUACGACCAUACUGAUAUCCUCUGUCGUCAACCAUGCCGACGACUAUUGUCAGGUUGUAAUCACCAAUGCACUCGACAGUGUUGGGAACAAUGUGGAACUUGCUUGAAGAAUAUCACUGUACGGUUGCCUUGCGGUCAUGAAAUCAAGGGCGAGUGUGGCAAGCUGCGACGGAAGAUGGAGAAUCCAGCCAACAGAAGAUGCUCUAUUUGCUUACGUUCAUAA